AAUCUUGGCUCGCACAUUACAUUUAAAAUGUACAAAUAUGAAAGUAGUUUCAUUCUGUUUCUUCGUCGAUUUGCGUAAAAAAAACCCUAUAGUUUAUGCAAGUGUCACUGUAAACGUUGUUAAAAGACGUGCAGUACAUUAAUUAGAUCACAGAAUGGCGAAAAGUCUGCGAAGCAAAUGGAAGAGGAAGAUGCGAGCCGAGAAAAGGAAGAAAAAUGCCCCAAAAGAACUGGCACGAUUGAAGUCAACUCUUGGCCUGGACGGAAAAGGCGAGAUCACUAUGAAGGAUGUCGAGCAGAUUGCCACAGUGGUGCCCGCUGAGAAACUGAAAGAGAAGGCGCCAGAUGUGCAUAUGGAUGAAGAGGAUGACACUGGGACAAUGGACCUGGAUGGCAAGCGCAGCAAGAAGACCCAGCUAAACGAGCACGGACAGUACCCUGUGUGGAUGAGCCAGCGGCAGGCUAAGAAGCUGAGGGGGAAACGCACUGCAAAGAAAGGGAAACCCAAGAAGCAGAAAGGGGUGGCAUGGUAGUCUUCAGUUUGGAGAAAAAGACUGAGUCGAAUCCUAAAACAUUGACGAGAGACUUGUAAAAAUGGUUUUCGGGUUUUCAGCAAACUUCAUAUGACCGUUGAGUUUUAUUUUUUGUCUGGAGCGUGCACAUUUUGACCAGAAUGUGGUUGGGAAAGUGAAAUGUGCUUAUAUGUUGCCCAAUGACUGUAUAAUCUGUUGUAAUUGUAUUACAGUUUAUAAGUCUGUCUCAUUA